AUGCCUGUUCUGCUCGCUCUCCACAGCUCCUCCGACACCUUCACGACGCACGACCAGCAGUACUCGACGGGGACCCUCGAAGCAGCGCCGAAUGCGCGGUCGGAGCUGAUCGACAUCCUGCUCGAGCUGCAGAAGCACGCCGUCAACCACGUCAACCUGUCCCGUCUGCAACUCGCGCUGCAGGGCCUGCGCCAGGAACCCGGGCACGAGAACGUGCGCGUCGCGAUCCUCGCCCUGGCGGACGGCGCAGGUGAACCCGGGAAGACGGCGAGGGAGCUCUUGAGGGUGCUGCUCGCGGACCCGCUGGGCGACGAGGCGGAGUGGGAGAGGGCCGUGAAGGGCCAUGACACGACGCAGCCGCUUGUCGUGCGGGUCGGCGAGGCCAAGGGCGACGAGGGGAAGGGCACUACGCUGACGAUAUCCAAGACGAAUCUGCUGCACGAGCUGGAUGUGUCGUCGCCUGCGUUGAAUGGGUGCGGGGUGGAGCUGCUGCUGAUGGAGGUGAAUCCUCUCUCUGCGGGAGCGGCGGCGGCUGGGCAGGCGGCGGCCGUGAUGGAUGUGGAGCAGGCUGUUUUGGUGCCGACUGUUGAUAUCCAGUCGAGCUCGGGGCGGUACACCCCUGUGACUACGCCGGUGCACAAGGCUAUUGUCGUGUCGGAGGGGAUCAUGGGCGCUGCGACGGUGGCGGCGUUGCCGUUGGCGGCGUACCGUGAUUCCGUCCUCGCGGCGGUCAACUUACCAAAGUACCCGGUUGAGGAGGGCGAGCAGCUUGCGUUCCAGCCCAUUGACGUGAGUGUAGGCAGCAAGGGUCUCGAUCGCAUCCGAGAGAACAUUGGCAACGCGAUGGAGUAUGAGCGUGCGUGGUACAAGAGCAAUGUGCCCGCCAUUGUCGAGUGGCUGAAGGCUGGGGUGGAGAACAACCCGGCAGGGGCCACGAAGCCGGUCGUGAAGACACACAUCGCUUCUCUACUGCGCAACGCUCUCGCGGGGAUUGAGGCCGAGCAGGGGCGCCUUACGUCUGGACGGCUAUCAGCAGAGGUUGCCUCGCCCAAGUUGGCAGUUAUGAACGAUCGAUUGGCGGAGUGGUCACAAUUCGCGCACGAGGAGCUGCAGCAGCAGCUCGACCUCGCGUUCGCAGGGACAAGGUGGCGCAAGCUAGGCUGGUGGAAGCUAUUCUGGCGCGUGGACGACGUCGGCGUCCUCACUUCCGACAUGCUCAACCAGCGGUUCCUCCCUGGCGCUGAGCGCGAGCUCGUCUUCCUCGCCGGCCGCAUCGCCGAGUCUGGCGUCGUGCCCGCCCUUGAGGCGCCCACCUACACCCAGCCAACAUCUGAACUGCAGCCGCAGCCGGAGACCAAGACAAUCACGAAAAUCACGAGCCGCACACCCAAGUGGCCCACGCACAUCUCCUUCACCCGCCGCUACCUCCAUGAGGAGACGGUCCCCGCGCUGCAGGCCCUCGCGCAGAAGCUCGUACUGCAGGCAUCGAGCACCUCGGCCCUCACCGGCGCGCUCUCGGGCCUGCUCUACGUCUCGCAGUACGCGGGGUCGAUCUACGAGGCGGGCGCCGUGGCCGCGCUCGGCAUCAUGUGGAGCCUGCGCAACCUGCAGAAGAAGUGGGAGACGGCGCGGACGUACUGGGAGGGCGAGGUGCGCGAGGAGGGCCGCAAGGCGGUCAGGGCGGUCGAGCAGAGCGUUGUCGAAUCGCUGGACACGCCGAGAGAUACGCCGAUCGAGGGCGAGGAGGAGCUGCGCAAGGCCAAGGAGCUGGUAGAGAAGGCCGAGGACGCGCUGAAGCGUCUCGAGUAA